AUGUCAAACCGGUUCGUAUCGGGCGGGACAAUAAACACUUCCCCCGACACGGAACCAAAGGAAGCCGCGCCCCGUGAACGGUUAGCCAAGAGCACAGAAUGGGAGGCCGUGCAGCAGGAACUGGAGAACGACCGGAAGCGAAGAGAGGAGGAGAGGCUGAAGGGUGCGGCGGGGGAAGAGAGAAGUCUAUAUGACGUGUUGCAAGCCAACAAAGGUGGGUGUCCCUGUUAUUCUGUCCCCUUUUUCAUCGCCAUCUCUGUCUGCCUGGGGAGCACUGGACGGGGGCUAAUGCCGCACCCUGGGCCGAGCACAGCCGCCAAACAGGCCGCUUUUGAGGAGCAGAACAAGAUUCGGAACCAGUUUCGGGCGCUGGACGACGACGAGAUUGAGUUUCUGGACGAGGUCGUCGCCGCGAGGAGGAAGGAGGAGGAGAGGGUGAGGCGGGAGACGGAGGACGGGGUGAGGGCGUUUCGGGAGCUGCAGAGGCGGAGGGGGAGUGGCGGGGAGGCAGUGGACGAGGGGCACGACGAGGGGGAGGACUGGGGCGUUGGGAGGAAGAGGAAGAGGAGGGAUAGGGAUAGGGAGAAGGCGGUGGUGAGGAGGAGGGCGGAUGGGGCGCAGAGGCUGGCCGAGAGUCAGAGUCGGGAUGGGAAGCCUGCCGGGAACGUGGAGGCGGACGAGAAGACGGCGUCGGCUGAGAGGCCGGAGAAGAAGAGCGCCCUGGUGGACUACGGCUCAGAUAGCGAUGAAUAG